AAAAGAAAAAAAAAAAAAGAACAAAGGAUCUCUUCUGGCAACCAUUCAUGUGUGUAUAAAAUGGAGAGAGCCACUCCACAUUUUAUCAUCAUAAAAAAAAGUUGGUAUGGGAAGUAAAGAAACAACACCUUUUCCAACAACUGGAGAUAAGUAUAGGUCUUUCUUAUAUGAUGAAGCUGAGACUACCCAGUGGAGAGAUGGUGGCCCUCCCAACUAUGAUAGUGUUAAUCAACUGUUUGAAGAAGGCAGAUCUGAGGAAUGGCCAAAAGGGUCACUAGAAGAAAUUGUUCAGAAUGCUAUCAAGUCAUGGGAAAUGGAGCUUUCACACAAGACUUGCUUACAGGAUUUCAAGACCAUAAACCCUGACAAAUUCAAGCUUAUUGUAAAUGGAAGAAAGGGGCUAUCAGCAGAAGAGACCCUUAGGAUUGGAAGCUACAAUGCUUUGUUGAAGAGUUCAAUGCCGAAGGAGCUUCAGUACUACAAAGCAGAUGAAGAGAGCUUUGAAUCAUCGCAUGAAGCAUUUAGGUUGGCUCUUCCUCGUGGGUUUGCAUGGGAAGUGAUCAGUGUGUAUUCAGGACCUCCUGUGAUUACUUUCAAGUUUAGGCAUUGGGGUUUCUUCGAAGGACCUUUCAAAGGCCAUGCUCCCACCGGAGAAAAAGUUCAAUUCUAUGGCUUGGGAGUUCUCAAGGUGGAUGAGUCUCUAAAGGCAGAAGAAGUGGAGAUUUACUAUGAACCAGCAGAGCUAUUUGCUGGUCUACUAAAAGUACCAAUGGCCCCAACAGAUGACACCUUCAAAGCUCCAACCCUAACUGGCAGUUGUCCCUUCUUCAAUUAGAUGCGUUUGUUGUUACUCUGCGUGUGUAUGUGCAAGGAAUUAAAAGUUGUGUUUGGGCUUGUUUUUUUCUAUUCCACCCACUUAUGGUGGCUUCUGUUGUGCUUGCAUUUAUAAUGAAUACGAAUUAUUUAUAAUGAACUAAUUAUAAAAAUAA